GUGAGAGUGUAAGUUGGAGGAACUGCUGAUAACAUACGCCAAGGAUGACCUUUCACUUCGAGACAGUGAAGGACGUCAAUUUUUAUCACUUGGUCGAAAACUGUGACUCUUGUUACGAAAAGGGCUCAGUUCGUGUUUAUCCUUCUGGAUGCAUUCUACAGAAACAUUUUAAACAAUAUGCAAUGGAAAUAAAAAAUUUUAAAGUGUACUCGGAUGACAUAUGGGUAAUUUCUUACCCCAAAUCAGGAACGACGUGGACACAGGAGAUGGUAUGGCUCAUAGAGAACAAUUUGGAUUUUGUGACAGCCAGGAGAACUUUGCAGCGCGACCGUUUCCCAUUUUUUGAGGUUAAAUGCGCCUUGCUGAGGGAUCAGAAGACGUUACAUCCUCUGCAAAUGAUCGACUGCCUGAAGCGACCACGGUUCAUCAAGAGUCACCUGCCUGUGGAUCUGCUGCCUGCUCAGCUGUGGACUGUGAAGCCGAAGAUAAUUUACGUUGUCCGUAAUCCAAAGGAUGUAGCAAUUUCUUACUACUACCAUCAUAGGCUGAUGCACGGCUACAGAGGAAACAUAAAUACCUUUGUUGAAAUUUUUCUUUCAGGCAAUGUGGCUUAUGGUCCAUACUGGAGACACGUCCUAGACUUCUGGAAGCUAAGGGAUGAGCCUAAUGUGUUAAUUAAUUCCUUUGAAGAUAUGAAAAAGGAUAUCUGCUCUGUCAUCAACAAAACGUCACGCUUCCUCGGUCGGACCCUGAACGAAGAUCAGGUGACGGCUUUGGCACAGUAUCUGUCCUUCGAGAGCAUGAAGAACAACAGUUCGGUUAACUUUCAUAACACAGGGCCAGACAAUGAAGUUAUCGACUUUAUCCGUAAAGGCGAAGUCGGCCAAGCGCCCGAUGAACUCGAGCCAGACCUUAUCGAACGCUUCGACGCUUGGAGUAGUCGGCAUUUGCGGGACACUGACUACCAUGGCUCUCUGUGAUAUACUUUGGCCACAUGAUUUUGUAAAAACUUUUGUAGAAAUAUUGCUGGGAAACUUAUUAGUUGUUCGUUUUUCCUGUACUUUUCAUACUUCCACUAGUGGCUACCUCCAGUCAACAUGAAAGCAGUUAGUGGUGGCAUCUGUUCCUCCCGAAUAACCCGUUCACAUUUUCUUGUUCUCUUAAUAGACGGACGUCAUGAAAUCGUGCUUAUCUUAACAGCAACCCUUUAUGAGAAUAAUGGAUCCAGUACAUUUUGAUCCUCGAUCGUCAUCUAUCUUACGACGAAAACUCUUUUUACAAAGCAGAUAUAUUUUUGCAUGUAUGAAAAAGUUACGGAAAUGGAAGAGAGCACGUCAAUUGUGCUACUUAAACAACGGCAGUCAGCUGAUCGAUCGAUGGAUUUUAUGUGGGCUUAGAGUCUGAACCACGUAUUAUACACAUGGUAUACAAAGGGAUGAUGCAAUACUUCAUGCACGGAAAUAAUAAUGAGCAUUGAUAUCACACACUGGAAAUGUAAAGGGGGGUUCACUGUACAUCAGACACCGUGUACACAGAGAGCUCUCAGGACCACACCCGCAACGUUCUAUAAACGCGUAUAUAGUUCAGUAAUGCAAAGAA